UAUUAUCUCCAAAUCACCAGUUGACUCGUACAAUUGAAUAACCUAAAAUCUGAAGAUCCACUCAUUCUCCUUCGAAUUGCAGCUACCUGCUCUACAAUGGCGUAAUAAACCGACAAUCACAUCGAAUUCUACUGUUUUUUCUUCGGUUACAGAUGGCUGUGUUUUUUCUCGCCCACGUGAUAUUAUCUUCAAAAGUCAUAUCUUCGUCUUGUGGUCCCACAUAUUCAAAUUGUGGAAAUCCACAUCGGUCUUAUUAUAGCCAACCUUUCUUGAUCAUGCGCAACACAUAGGCAAUGCCUUUCCCUCGCUACCAUUCAUGGCACUUUUGUCCAACUAUAUAAUAAAGAAAACCACACUUCAACAUUUUCGAGCUAUUGAUUUUAGGCACAUGAGAGUUUUGGAAGGAUCUUCUACAUGACAUUGGUUCAAUUGUUGAUUGUGUUGGAACUGUCUUCAAAUUGUUUGCAACAAUCUUUUACAACAUACAUGAUUAUACUGUAUUAUAGUUACCGAAGGUAUAAAGCUGCAGAAUCUUGCUGGGAUUAUGAGUGGUAGACGUAGAAGAUCAGAAUCCUUAUGGGAUAGAAAAGAAGCUGAAAACGAGACCAAAGAGUUUGAUUCCGGCGGUGAUUCACCUAAACGGUCAAAUUCGGAAAUUAACGAUGUUCUGAUGUCUGAUGAUUUUUCUAUGCAAGGAAAUGAAAGCAUGUUAAUAGAUAAUGAUAACAUCGGUGACAAACAUGGAAUGAAGAUGGACCCUGCUUUUGACGAGUGGGAAGGUCAAUACGGUCAAUCCUAUAGGGGCGACGGUCGAGUAGCAGGCGGCAAGGAUAGAGCUCGUAGUAGGAGCAGGAGUUGGAGUCCACACCGGGACCGAGGUCGGGACCGGGGUAGGACUCAUGGGUUAGCCAGAAGCAGGAGCCGGAGUAGGAGUAGAGGCAGGGAACAGGACAGGGCUAUGAGCCCAUCUAGAGAUGGUGGUUCGAACCGACUUGAUAAUGAUUCAGCCAAAAAGUGGAGUAACAAUAGACCAGAAUACUCGGGUGGGUCCCAGUACCAUAGAACCCACAAGAGUGGUUAUAAUAAUGAUCAAGAUCACAGGCGUCAGUCAAAUCAAAAUAUCAAACCGUGCAAGUUUUUUAUUAUGGGUAGAUGCAACCGCGAUAACUGCCGGUUUUCACAUGAUGUUCCAAAAUCAGACUUCUAUGAAGGAAGGUCACAGGAUCAUAAUGAUUAUCCUAAUCCAAACCCUAAUUUUCCCGACAAUAACUACUCUGAUAGUGGCAAUAUUAAUUUAAACGGGAAUGGACAUAAUCGUCAGUUGAAUCGUUCGGUUAAAGAAGAUGGAAAACCUCUAGAAGCUUCUAGAAACGAUAUCCCACAAGCAAGUAGUCUCCCUCAGAUAUCUCAAGACCUAAAUUUCGCGAAUGCGCUUGGGUUGCUUUACUCUACAGUGGUCAACGAGCCGGUCAAAGCUGGUGCAUCAAUGGAGAAUCAAAAGUCAACAGAACCAGUUGGGAACAUGGAAGUAAAUGUGAACAAAAAAGCUGAAAAAUCCAAUACGAAUGUUGGAAAAACUGAAGUGGAAGGAAAAGUAGACGAGGGUAAUAUGGGAAAUGAUGAAAAGGCGAUGCGGGGUUUUAAGAUCGCGCUUGUGGAAUUUGUUAAAGAGAUUUUAAAGCCGACGUGGAAAGAAGGUAAAAUGAGUAGAGAGGUCUAUAAAACGAUUGUGAAGAAAGUGGUUGAGAAAGUUACGAGUACCAUGCAAGGAGUUCAGAUCCCACGAACGCAAGAGAAAACGGAUCAAUAUUUGACGUUUUCUAAAUCGAAAAUUACUAAACUUGUUGAGGCAUAUGUGGGAAGGCAUGUGAAGGCUUAACAAGCGGUUGUAGUGAUUACUUAAGGUGAGUUAAUAGUUUUAUUAUAGUUGGUGCAAGAGAUUGUUUGUUUGUUGUUAUUGUUAAUUGUAUUGCCUUGUAUUAAUUUAAGAGACUAUUGCUUGUAUUAGAAGAUAAUAAAAUGAUAUGAGUCUAGAGGUUAAAAGGGUUGGGAUUGGCCUGCUCUUAAUUAGUUGUUUUUGUGUCUUUUAUGGUAAUGGUUAAUUGAACUUAUAGACA